AUGAAUUAUUUUAUCAAAUUGAACGUACAAAAAUCCCAUCUUAAAUCUUUACUUGUGCCUCAAGUAUUUGUUAGGCCCGCUCUAACCAAGACAACGCAGUUGCAGAAUACGUUUCAACAAGCAAUUGAAUGGCAACCCAGUUUGAGUGGGCUUGGCCCAUACCCACCGAGUCAUCCACGUCUUGUCCCAAAAAAACCCUUAAAUUCAACGGCUACAUGGACACACACAAAUUGGAGCUCAUACUCUUUCGAAGUGUCAGAUUCAGAGUCGUCUUGUCUUGGAGGUCGUGGAUGCUACGAGGAUUCUUGUUUGUUCAAGAUUGUUAAAAUGGAUUUUGAUGAGUAUGAAUAUUUAGAAAAGACGGUGGAAAAUCCGGAACAUCGAGAAUCAAAAGAAGCAGUGAAUGGCGGUGAAACUGUUCUUAAAUCCGAAGAUAAGGACCGGAGGCGGCGUUCUAGGCAUAGAAGUGAUAUGAUUGGUAAUGAUGCCAAUCACCGGUUAAAGCGCACAAAAUCGGGAGACGAAUCUCGUGAUCGUGAUAAAGAGAGGGGACCAUCGGUGCACCGUUCGUCUUCAAGAGAUAGGGAGAGGAGCGAUAGGGAUGGACACAGGAGUAGCCGGGAACAUAGACACAGGAGUAGCCGGGAACAUAGACACAAGGACCAUGAGGGGGUUAGGGAGGAGAGGAACGGAAAGGAGAGAGGAAGAGACAUAGAUAAAGACACAGAGAAGGAUCGUGACCGGGUCAGGAGAGAGCGUGAUCGUGAACGUGGAAGAGAGAGGGACAGGGAUACAGAGCGAGAGCAAGAGCACUCAUAUCGCAGCAGAAGCCGCUCAGAAAGGCAUGGGGAUGAGCAGGACAGAGAGAAGAGUCCUGACAGGAAUAUUGAAAGGGACAGGGAGAAGGAAGUCAGAGAACGAGGUCGAGAAAGCAGAGGCCCGAAGUUAUUGGACAAAUACUCAUUUGUUCUGCCCAGAGUAGAAGAACAGAGCCCUCUUGAGCGGCCAUGGGGACAAUGUUGGGUUCACGUUACUCUAAGUCAACUGUUAUGCACUGCAUUUUUCAAUUUUGUCAAUCUUCAACUCAUGGAUCGGUGGGGAUUUUGUGGGCAGUUGGGGUGGUGGUGGGGGGUUUUUGGUGUGAUGAUGGAUUUCAAUGGAGGUGGAAAUAAUGGUUUCCGUGGUGGAUUUGGCGUGUUUCAGGUAUUUGUGGCUGUGGGUAAAGAAAGAGGGGUGGUGAGUCAGCAACUUUGGUGGGUUUACUGUUGGCCAGUAUUGACUCGGUGGACUGUAGUGGUGGGUUCACCAUUUUCUAGUAUUGAGGUGGGUGGAUGUGGUGUGCAUGUGAAGAAAUGUAUGUUGACGCCUGACGGUGGUGAGUUGGCUGGUGAUGACUAUCUCGAACCUGUCAAGAGCUUGCAUUGCAAGACUGGGGUUUCAAUGUGGGAGGUCUUUAGUGGUGUGGUGAUGUCAUGUUAUGAUUUUCGUUAUCCUCCGAAUAUAAUAAAUGCUGAUGAUGGAGUAACUGCCUUUGCGUUACAGAAGCUAUGCUUCUUAAGGAGCCUCUUAUUGCAAAUUUCAAUACUUGGUGUCCAGGACAGCACAAUUUAUUACUGGAUACAUGGGUUCUCAUCCAAUACAUGGGUUCGGCCUUUACAACAUAAAGACAAGAAGGAAGAAGUGGCAGGGCCAGAGGCUGAUCCUGAACGGGAUCAGCGGACAGUUUUUGCUUAUCAGUUUAUUACUGGGGCUUCAGUUACCAUAUGCUGCUGCCCGCAAAUCUGGCAGAUAUCUUUGAAGGCAGAUGAAAGAGAUGUGUAUGAGUUCUUCUCGAGGGCUGGAAAGGUUAAUCCUUGUUCUUCUGAUUGUCCUGAAUCCUGA